AUGCGCCUUACCAUAAAUUCUGUGCCAACAGGAAUUCAGAAGGUAAAGCUUUUCCUGGCAUGUAGAAGAAGCAGAGGACAUUUCAUCUGCUUCUGAUGACACAACAGUUAAAGGCAGCAGGCCAGGGCUCUGCUAGAAGAAAGCUGGCAGCUACAACUCCAGCUCAGAAAUGAAAAUGUUUCACUGGCCACAUGAAAAUGUUUCACUGGCUUUUGCUGCAAACAAGAGAAUGGAGCCUUUCACUGUACCACUGUGGAUUGGAAGCUGGUAUGAAUCCAUAGUGACUCCUGCUGUUCCCCAUCAUUUUUUGCUUGCUAAUUAUAACGGGACAGCAAUUAUUCUAUUCAACUUUCAAGGCUGAAUUCACCUGCAGUGGCCACCAGGGGAGGCUACAUUGGACCAUUGGAGCUGUUAGCUUCAAUUUAUGUAUUUUGUUAGGAGCAAAAUGCCUCUCAUUGUGACAAGGCGGCUUGAAUAUACCCAGGAAACUGAGGUUUUGGAUGCAGUGCUUAUAGGGAAAACAAUGUGUAUGGAUAGGCACACACCCAGGUGUGUGAAGGCUAGGCUACCCAGUACCGGGGAUGGAAACAGAUAGUAUCCAAACUGCAGCAGUUUAGUUCAGUCAGGGAAGCUAAAAAGGUGCAUGGGGUCCUUAUUUUUCCUACAGCAGGGAAACUAUCAUCCCUGGAGUAGAACAUAGCUAUAACGUCCCCAAAGGCCUCAUCCUCUGUCCUCUCAGAUUUUCCAAGUCAGCCACCUUAGGCUCAAGGGAACAAAAUUAUUCGUAGAGAGCCAGGGACCCAUUUCACCUUGGACACACACAGCUUCUGUCCAACAGGCAGAUAGUUGUACAUGUGACAGACAGCGCAAAACAGUGGAAAUAUAUAAACGAAGAUGGUAAAAUAUUUUGCACAUUUCAAGCUAUGCCAGUGACGAAUGCUGAUUUCAACCCAUGAUGCUCCUUGCUGCAUCAUUUCAUAAGCCCGCUUCCUUUCAGGCCCCUGGUCAGGAUCGAACAUCCCAGUUACAACUUACAUUUUACAGGGCAACCCCAUGCAAUCAUAUUUACUGGAAAGCGAAUUUGGCAGUGAUCAAUGAGAUAUCCUCCAUGCGGUCUCAGCCUAUGCAAACUUACCUGGAAGUAAGCCCCGUUGAGCAUAAUGGGGCUUCCUUCCAAGUAAACAUGCACAAGCUCGCGCUGUGACAAUAGGAUUCAAUUCUUGCAUAGGAUUGCAUAGGGCGCUCCCUGCAUUCCAGAGCAAGAAAAAGGCAGAAGGAACGAGCGCCCGGUCCCUUUAAGAGCUGCAAGCUUGCUCUUUGCAUCUCGCCGCACAGAGGGAAGUCUUUCUCUCUGGUUCCGGCAGCUGCAGAUGGGGGAAAGAGUUGCUUUUCUUCGCACAGCUUGAAAGCCAGAGGUCUGCGUCUCGCGGUGAGUGACUUGGCCGGAUCAUUGCAGCGGUCCCUGCGGGUCCGGUGCCUCGUACUUUCACGCCGUUACUUUCCCCCUCUUAAUUAUUAAGCAGAGUUUUCAGCCUUCCACUUUGUUAAUGCUCGACAGAGUUGGCGCUGGGUCAGCAGCUUUGGAGACGGGAGAAAGUCCCCUCCGCGGGCCUGUCCAGCUCUGUAGUUCUAGUAGGAAAACGCCGAGAGACACUUUUCGAGCCCUUCACGCGCAUUCUUGAGCGUUCAGGAUUGUUGGGGGGCGACAAGGCAGGCCGCGGGCGGCACAACUGGUUGCAAAGUCCACAGCGUCUGACUCGACCAUUCUAUGCUGGGUCUCUGGGUGAGGCGCAAUGGAGAAGCGGGGGCCUCUGAGCAUGUGCAGCGGCGGCCGACCCUGCCCUUCGCCACCGGAUCCGUUCACCGGUACAGAUUCACAACUUUAUUGUGCUUUAUAGAUAGUCCUGACCCCAGUGGGUUUGUUUUAGAAAUUAAGUUUAAUUAAGAGAAUUAAUGGGAUGUACGGGCACAGAUGCGUGCAGUAAAAGUAGGUUAGUCAGUAGUCCUCCGAUGUUGUGUCCUGCAUUGCAUAAGGGUGUGAGAGGUCAGCGAGUAAACAGGUAAACUGCAGCUGCCUUAUCUUCUCAUUUUCCUCCUCUCUUACCCAAUAACCAUAUAAGUACUGAUGCAAUAGCAUUGAUUCAAAUAUUUAUUGGUAACUUUUAGGCACCUGCAGUUAAACUUGUUUCUCAGUUUUGAUGUCAGCUGUGCUCUAUGGAGGGAGUGCAUACUGCCCUUGACUUAAAAAUACCAUUUCCACUUCGGCUGCUUUAUAUAAUAAUAAUAAUAAUUAAUAAUAAUUUGUUAUUUAUACCCCGCCCAUGUGGCUGGGUUUCCCCAGCCACUCUGGGUGGCUCCCAAAAGAAUUAAAAGCACAAUAAAACAUCAAACAUUAAAAACUUCGCUAAACAGGCCUGUCCUCAGAUGUCUUCUAAAAGUCAGAUAUUUAUUUCCUUGACAUCUGAUGGGAGGGCAUUCCACACAGCAGGCGCCACCACCAAGAAGGCCCUCUGCCUGGUUCCCUGUGACCUCACUUCUCGCAGGGAGGGAACCGCCAGAAGGCCCUCAGAGCUGGACCUGUCCAGGCAGUACGAUGGGGGUGGAGACGCUCCUUCAGGUAUACUGGGCUAAGGCCAUUUAGGGCUUUAAAGGCCAGUACCAACACUUUGAAUUGUGCUCGUAAAUGUACUGGGUGUUUGAAGCAGGGGUCCUGUUUCCCACCUAUGUUGGUUCUUGUGGGAAGGGAGUGGUGAGCCUGGGCAAAACACACCUAAAGGUUCCACCUCAAUGCCAGGCUUUGGUUUGAGGCAGCCUUGAAAAGCCUUCCAAAUGGUUAAUUGUGCAGUAAAUUUUGCUUUCUAAUGGCGUUUGUGGUGUGUGUGUGUGUGUGUGCGCACCAGUGGUGGGCAAAGGCUGCACUGCAAACUGAGAAUAAGACCCUGAAUAUUGAGACUUGUGAAAUGUCGUCAGUGUUCAAUCAGCAUCCCAUAAAUGUCACUAGCAAUGUUUUACUGUGUUUUUGUGUGUGCUGUAAGCCGCCCAGAGUGACUGGGGAAACCCAGCCAGAUGGGCGGGGUAUAAAUAAUAAAAUUAUCAUCAUCAUCAUCAUCAUCAUCCUUAUCAUUAUUAUCACCAUCACCAUUAUUAUUAUUAUUGGACAUGGUAGCCCCCAUCAGUGGGUGAGUGUAAAAUAAUGAUGGCUCAUGUUGGCUGAUGCAGGAAAGGCAAGCACCAUUCCCCUUGAUCACCUCUGACAUGCUCAGAGACAUUUUGUGGGGGUGUGGUGGGUCAGCCUUUGACCUUAAGCUAAUCCUGGAAGCCCAUCAUCUUCUGUAUGUUUCCUUGCCUGGCAGUGAGCUGAGAAGCUUCUGGAACUUCGGGGAAGAGCAGCAGAAACUCACUGAGUCAAGAAGCACUUAAUCAUUGUCAGGUUCCAAAUAUCCCUAGGGGCAGACCAUCCCAAUGGUCCCCCAUUCCUGCAUCACUGCAAGCCCAAACUUCACCGGCAACUGAUAAUAAUAAUAAUAAUAAUAAUAAUAAAUUUUAUUUAUAUCCCGCCCUCCCCAGCCAAAGCCGGGCUCAGGGCGGCUAACAACAAUAAAACAGUACAAAAGUAUAGCAUAAACAACACUCUAAAAUCAUUCAUUAUAAAAUUAAUUAAUUCAGGCCACUGGCAACCAUUGGGCCAGAGCUCCGCGAAGAUUGCCGAGGGAGGGAGUCAGGCUGUGCCCUGGCCAAAGGCCUGGUGGAACAGCUCUGUCUUGCAGGCCCUGCGGAAAGAUGUCAGAGUCCCGCAGGGCCCUGGUCUCUUGUGACAGAGUGUUCCACCAGAUCGGAGCCAUGACCGAAAAGCCCUGGCUCUAGUUGAGGCCAGCCUAACUUCUCUGUGGCCUGGGACCUUCAAGAUGUUUUUAUUUGAAGACCGUAAGUUUCUCUGUGGGGCAUACCAGGAGAGGCGGUCCCGUAGGUACGAGGGUCCUAGGCCGUAUAGGGCUUUAAAGGUUAAAACCAGCACCUUAAACCUGAUCCUGUACUCCACCGGGAGCCAGUGCAGCUGGUAUAGCACCAGGUGAAUGUGAUCUCGCAGCGAAGACCCCGUAAGGAGUCUUGCUGCAGCAUUCUGCACCCGCUGGAGUUUCUGGGUCAGUCUCAAGGGCAGCCCCACGUAGAGCAAGUUACAAUAAUCCAGUCUGGAGGUGACCGUCACGUGGAUCACAGUGGCUAGGUCAGGGCGAGAGAGGUAAGGAGCCAACUGCUUAGCUUGGCGGAGAUGGAAAAAUGCCGUCUUUGUUAUAGCUGCAAUCUGCGCCUCCAUGGAAAGGGAGGUGUCGAAGAUUACACCCAAACUCUUAACGGACGGUGCUGGCACUAAUUGCGCCCCCCGCAAGAGAUGGGAGUUGCCCCCAAUCCCAUAUCGCCCCGUCCCAGCCACAGGACCUCUGUCUUCGAAGGAUUUAGCUUCAACCGGCUCCCACGUAACCAUCCAGCCACAGCUUCCAAACAUCUGGUCAGUGUGUCUGGGGCCGAGUCAGGAUGGCCAUCCAUCAACAGAUAGAGUUGGGUGUCAUCGGCAUGCUUAUGGCAACCCAGCCCAAAACUCCGAACAAGCUGGGCGAGGGGGCACAUAAAGAUGUUGAAAAGCAUCAGGGAGAGUAUCUAACCAUGAUAGCAGGGUCACUCUGACCUCCCCUGCUACUGGACCAGAAGCCAGACAGGAGCAAAGACCAAACGGGAACUAUGCGUGACCACAGUGCUAUGGGAACCAGUGGUGCUGGGUAACCAGUGGAGGACCACAUUCUAAGACAAUUCUACCAUUGGAAGGGAGAGUUCAGGGUCAGUUGUCAGUUCACUUCUCAUUGCGUGCUUUCUCUCAUUCACCCUUCCCUCUUUUUUUCUCCCAGGGGAAGGGGAAAAAAAGGAGUAUUUUAAUGUAUAUCAUACACAAUAAGGGCUCAUAAAACGAUCGCAAACAAUAGAUGCUGAAAAACUAGAAUGGCUUGAAAUUGUAGCACCAUGAAGCACUCAGUUCCUUGAGGUGGGGAGAUAAUGUUAAAAGCAUGCCCCGAAACAGCUGUCACUAACCUGGCACCCUCCAGGUGUUUUGGACUACAGCUCCUGUCAGUCCCAGCCAUUACAAAACAUCUGGAGGGUAGCACGCUAGCAAAUGCUGCCAUAAAACACAAUCUUUCUGAAGGGGGUGGGAAGAGGCAGUCAGUCAGACAAACCAGCGCUGCCUGAUAUAUUUGUUUCAGUGACUGGAUACACAGGGCCAGAAUCUGUUUAUCGACUUUUUGUUUGUUUAUUUAUUACAUUUAUAUGCCUCCUUUUCUCUCAAGGGGGUGCAGAUAGUUCUCCCCAAUUUAUUAUCACAACAAUCCUGCAAUGUAGGUUAGGCUGAGAGAUGGCAUGACUGGCCCAAGGUCACCCAGUGAUUGGGGAUUCAAACCCUGGUCUCCCAGGUCAUAGUCCAACACUCUAUCCAUUAUGCCACACUGAUCAGCGUUGGUGUCCAGUGGUUAUGAGACAUAGGUGAGACUGCCUUCUCUGGUAACACUAUCAUCACCAGGAGUCACUUCUGUUGUUUCAUUUCAGACAUGAUCUCAGAGAUGAAGUUAAUGGUCCCCUGGGGCCACAUCGCAGCCAAGGCAUGGGGAUCUCCACAAGGCCGUCCUGUCCUCUGUUUGCACGGGUGGCUGGACAAUGCAAACACUUUCAACAGGCUCAUCCCCUUGCUUCCCAAAGGUAGGAUUCGUUGUUGGGUCCUGCGUUGUUUAUUCCUUUAUUUAAACAGCUGGCUAACAAUAGUUAGUUGUGGUGCACAAGUAACUUAAUACAAUGAAAUUGUAGUACAGUGGUACCUCAGGUUAAGUACUUAAUUCAUUCUGGAGGUCUGUUCUUAACCUGAAACUGUUCUUAACCUGAAGCACUACUUUAGCUAAUGGGGCCUCCUGCUGCUGUUGCGCCGCCGCUGUGCGAUUUCUGUUCUCAUCCUGAAGCAAAGUUCUUAACCUGAGGUACUAUUUCUGGGUUAGAGGAGUCUGUAACCUGAAGUGUAUGUAACCCGAGGUACCACUGUAUGUUAUACAGGAGUGUGGUUUGGCACCUCAUUUGUUUCUCUUCCCUUUGUUCUCUUUCAGAUUGUUACUACAUGGCCAUUGAUCUUGCCGGACACGGCCUGUCAUCCCACCGCCCACCUGGGGCAAUCUAUCACUUCAUGGAUUAUGUGGGUGACGUGCGCAGGGUAGCAGCAGGUGAGCCUGUUGGAUUUGUUUGUAGCCUGUAGGCAGUUUGAAUUUCUCAGUGGCCUGGAUCUAUAUUUCUCCUGGCUGCAGUCAAGACAGUUUCUCUCACACUUCCUUAUCAGCCGAAGCCAGCAAGUUCUCCCCAACCCACUUUCAAGGCCAGACAUAAAACUUUGCAGCCCUUGCUUUAAUUAGACAGGCUCCAAAGCCUCUAAAAUAAAACACUAGUCACAACUGGCACAUACAUACAGCUACAGUUUUACAGGUUGUAAAUUCUCAGUGUAGCAGUUCUCAAGAGUAGGUGUAAACCUUUCACCUUAAUCUGGUUUGGUAAAACCGGUUAGUAGGCAUUGAGCUUUGACAUCAUUCCUGUUUUUUAGUUGUGGAAGAGUUAAUAAUUGUGAGUGCGCUUCUCAGAUGCUAAAGCACAGCCACAUUUCAUAGGGCGUAGCCUCGUUGUAGGAAAUGUACAUUGUUGGAGCUGAGCCUCUAUGAACAUUCCCUGUGCAAUUUAGGGGAUUUGCUCCCAUUGCAGCAUUAACCAUUUCCCAAUUUCCCAACAUCCAUUUCUUCCUGUGCAGCUUGUUAGCUGCCUAUUUUUCAAAGAACUCAAUCAGGCAUUCCCUUUUAGAGGGACUCUCUUGCCUGUCGAAAUAAAUUAAAAAAAUUAAAAAUUGUCCAGUAGCACCUUAGAGACCAACUAAGUUUGUUCUGGGCAUAAGCUUUCGUGUGCAUGCACACUUCUUUAGAUACUUCUUGAAUCUUGAAUUUUUUUAUUUAUUUUGACUGCUUCAGACCAACAUGGCUACCUACCUGUCUCUUGCCUGUGACAGCCUGCGCUAGCUUUCCCCAACCUGGUGCCUUCCUGAUGUUUUGCACUAUGAUUUCCAGCUGUGCUAGCUGUGGCUGUUGGGAGCUGUUGUGCAAAACAUCUAGAAGCACCAAGUUGAGCCGUGAUGUGGCUAAUGUUUGUAUUGUGAUGCUGCUGAUUGCCCGGGGACUUGUGAAACCUGGGCUUUCUGGUCUUAACUCAGCCUCUCAUUUGCUCUUCUUUUUUUUUUAAGCAAUGAAAUGGAAUCGGUUUACCCUUAUGGGCCACAGUUUGGGUAAGCAACUCUUGUCCCCCGAGGAAGCUGGUGUUUCUCACACAUAAGUGAAACCUCAACUUCCUGCCAUUUCUCUUUCUCUUUGGCAAAUCACUGCACCUCCCCCCCCCUUCCUUGUUUGUUCACUUAUCAAAUUAUGGUCCUGUUCUCUCAUUGCUGUUUAUACCCUUUGGACUAUAUGGGUGGUCACUGUGGUUCAUACUCUGUGUUCAUAUAAACCUGACUUCCUUUUUCCUUCCUAAAGGUGGGAGUAUUGCAGGCAUGGUGAGUAUAUUCUUAUCAUUAUUCCCUCUAUUUCCCGUGUUCAGGGUUUGAGUGCCACUGAUUAUGUAGGAAGAAGAACACCAUCCAUACACAAGAGGAACAUAUCGGAAGGCUUGGAAGAAUUCUGUGCAGAAGUGUGUUAGAAAAAGGGAAAACAACAAGAAACACCCCCCAACUGCUCAGUGAGAAUUGAGUGACCACAUGAUGCUGACUCAGUUGCAAUCUCCUUUCUCUGAGUGCUGGUCUUUAUGUUGCCAAACCUUCACCAUCCAUCCCCAAGAGGGACGGGUUGGCAGGCUCAAGACCCUCAGCUUUUCAGAAGUACAAAAACAUAUUUAGGAAACAAACUCUUAAUAAGAGAGGGAUUUUUUAAAUUAAAAAUAGCCCAGUGAAGACUGAGCAUGCUCAGUAGGCAUGGAAUGCUGUCUGGCUGUUGGAAACUUAAUAGAAAACCAAAGGAAGUGGACAAAGACUAGACCAUCCUCCAGAGGAGUAUUCUACAUUGCAACAUUUUGUUGCAGAACUCACUUAUCUAUAUAGAAAUGUCUCUUCUCAAAACACAGUUUUUUUUCUGUGACAAACACACAAGAGAAUAAGAAAUGCUAUCUGGACAGAGGUGAUAGAAAUUACUUUUUGUUCCUGCGGUAAAAGAGCUAAACUUCCUUUCUUUUUCCCUCUGUCUUCCUAGUUCUCUAGUAUUUUCCCUGAACUGGUGGACAAGCUGAUCCUGGUGGAAUCGUAUGGUUUUUAUCCUGCACCUCAGGUUAAAUUCUAAUUUUUUUUUUUGCUACCCUUGCAGUAUAGUUGAGAGAAGUGGCAUGAACUGAAGAAGCUAUAUAAGUUUCUUUGCUAAUAGAAGGUGGUUAUUUUUGAGGUAGUGUUGAGCCUGAUGUGGGGCAUAUGGGAGGCAGCCCCACCUCUGCCCUCCUUUAUAAGGUGGAAGGCUAGUGGGUACAUGGCAAGUAGGUUGGACAAAAUACUUGUGCCUUUUUGACAGUGCCCAGGGUUGCUGCUGUAAAUGCAGCACCACAACUAAUCACUUUACUCAGGCCUAGGCUAGACGCUAAACACAAUUUAUGUAAUUAGCAAUCUUUAAAAUCACAGAUGUGGGUUGGAACCCCGAUGUGAGUUGAGCAGCCACCCGUGCCAUUUGGGCAAGUGCAAAUUGCUUGCUACACGGACUCAUGCCUAUUUGCCUCAACAACUUACCGUAUUUUUCCGUGUAUAACACGCCCCCAUCUAUAAGAUGACCCCUAUUUUUGGGGACGCAAACUAAAGAAAAUGGCUCCCCCUGGUUCAUUCCCCCUCUUCUUGUUGUCCUUGUUUCCUGCAGGCAGGCAGCAAUUUAACCCAGCAGAGCCUGAGGCGAGGAGGAGGAAGGAUGCCAUUGCUUUGCUAUGAGGUGACUCCCGCCCUCUGUACUCUCCUCCUCCUCCAACCACGGACCGACUUGCUCUGUGGUGGCGCUGCUGCUGCCUGCCUUCCUUGCUGGUGACAGGGGCGGCUCACACGCUUUCUUAUUUAUUGAGGGAAGCGGGGGUAAGGGUGCAGGGAGAAGAACAUGAAGGCAGCGGGCAACGGGCAGCCACAGCUGAGGUGAAGUCAAGUGGCGAAGGCAGAGGACAAAGAGCGCAGUGAAUGCAAUCAUCUCCUUUUCGUUACUAUAUUAUCCUUCGGCUCCCCACAGAGGGAAUGGCUCAUACCAGGGCUGCGGGAAACGACGAGCUCUUGCUGGGCACCUCCGGCCGCAGAGAUGCUGGUGAUGUGGGACACACCGUCUCUGGAGGAGAUUGCUCACACAUCAGACCUGUAUUGCAUGCGCAAAACCCACCUAUCAGCUAUUCCAUUGGAGCCAGAAGCCGCAGCAACAGCAAAUCCACACCAGCCCUUGUUGCAGCCACUAAUAACACCGCUGUCACAGGCUAGCGGAAGCAACAAAUCCCACGACACCAAAAUGCACUAUGGAUAAGACGCCAUCCCAUUUUUUGAUGUUUGUUUUGAGGGGGGAAACCUUGUCUACUACACGGAAAAGUACGGUAGUCAAGUGGAUUAUCCCUUUUGUUAGGGAACUCACACCCCUUUCCUUUAGUGCUGUAGAUUUCCAGAGUUAUGAGGCAGAUUUGCAAAGAAGAGAGGCACAAUGGUCUGAAUAUGUUGUCAAAGAAACCGGAAGUCUGUGGUUACUGUGAUUCCUGCUUUGCAGGAGUUUAGACUAGACGACCCUUUGGAUUCAUUCCAACUCUACAAUUCUGAUUCUAUUGGGAGGAGCCAACAGUUCAGGCUUAGCAUCACGUGUAGAUUUAGAACCAGCCAGUGGAUAAAGUAACUUUGAAAAGAGCCAUCCCCAGAGGUGUGUUAAUUACUGAAAAGCAGCAAGGAGCAGGAAAGGUGAUUGCUACUCCCCACACGAUGAGACUUUUCUACCACGGCCACUUUUACGUCUUUUAAGUGCUGGCUUUAAUCAGAAAAUAGAUAAGUAAAUCUGUUUUCAUAUGUCCUGUGAACCAUCUUGGCUCCUGCACUGGGAGAGAGGCAGGGCAAUAUAUAAAAUAAACAUGUAAUUAAAAUUUAAGUGAUUUUUUUCCCAGCUGGAAAGUAUUUCUUGCAAUUGUAGAGGCCGUGGGUGAAAGGCAAACUUCCCUCCCUUGCAUGCUUAAGUUUCUGGGAUGUGAUUUAACCCAGCUCUCAUGGCAAUCUUGGAGUCAGUCAAAAUGUGUAGACAAAAAACUUUUCUCUCCCAAAAUUAGCAACUGCAUUUGCCAGUGAUGGGAUACAAAGAAUUUGAUCCAUAACUCAGGGAUCUCUAAGAGGUCUAUUAUACUAAUACAGCAUUGUUCUGUCUAAGGCUGGGCGAUAUCUGGUUUUCAACAUUGGGAUAUGUCAUGAGCUAAAUAAGGGUUGAACUGUGUAGAGGCAUUGACUGGCUUCAGUUUUUCCCACAAGGUGACUUUUGCACACACAUCAUGAUUUGCGAUAUAUUGCCAGGUCAAAAAUUAUGAAACCAAUAUCACAAUAUGGACUUCAAACUGAUUUGGGAUGAUAUAUUGAUAUACCGCCUAGCCCUAGUCCUGUCCAAUGUUUACUGGUUGCACAGAAUGACAUGAGCUUAAUCAGGACACGUUUUUGUGUGUGACUUUCAGGGAAUUUAAUUGGAUCUCGUUCCUAGGAGGAUUUCCUCCCACAAAAGCCACUGCCCAGGCUCUGUGAUUGUUUGUUGGCUCUCUUGUUGGCAGGGUUAUCAAAGGGGCCCGGGAUUACAUACAGAAAAGAAGCCGAGGUUGCUGUUCACCCCUAGAGAUGCUUUCUCACGUUUAGAGGUGAGGUUGGAAGGCAGCAUGGCAUUGGAAGUCAGGCCUAGUGGUGUCAGAGUGCACAAAAAGAGCUAACCCUUUUAAUUCCUUUACUUUUGUCUUACCUUCCCAAGAAGCUAAUACUAAUGUUGUUGUUUUGUAUACCUUGUGAGGGGCUUUGGGUGUAACAGACUUCUGAAAGCAGAUGACUAUGUCUGAUUUAUAGGAAUUGGAGAAGAUUUGCAAGUCCCAGCGGGAGGUAAUUGAGGAACUCCUGAAUUUUGAGACCAGCAAGUACCAUUCCCCCAAAGUACGCAGUCCUGAGGCAGCCCUUCAGAGGUGAGUUCCCUUCUUUGGUCUCUGGCAGCCGUUGGGUGUUUUGUCCCUGGGGGUACAGCAAGGUCUGUCCUGCCAACCAUAGCCGCCUCUUUCCAAAUCCAUUAUUCUGAAAAAGGAAAUGUUCUUUUAUUUAAUUUAUUGCAUUUAUAUCCCGCCUUUUUCUCCAAAGAAUUUGAGAUGGCAUGCAUGAUUUUCCUCCUGCUCAUUUAAUGCCCACAACCCUGUGAGGGUAGGUUAUUGCUGAGAGGCAGUGACUGGCCUAAGGUCACCCAGUGAGCUUCAUAGCUGAGUGAGGAUUUGAACCCUUGUCUCCAACACUCUGACCACUGCAUCAUACUGGCUCCCUUGCUGAAUCAAAACCAAGAUAUUAGAAUGGAGAAAAAAAGACAACCAAGGAAACGGUGCUCAGAACUUAGGUACUUGGCUAAAAUGCCUUCCCAAACCUAACUUAGUCGUGUUUGUUAAUUUCAGUGGUUCCACUCUUGAGUAAAACUUGGUUGAAUACCACCCACUUUUUUCGUCACCCCCAAAAAGGAACAUAAUUGGUGUCCCUGGUUCAUAUCAGUGAUUUGCCAGGUCCGGGGUCCUGUUUGAUGGCAUCACCAUUGAAUGCUUUCUGAAGUGUACAAGGCAUCAAUGUUGUACAAGAGCUGAAUAUAGAUUCAGGAUGGACAAAUGUGGCUGGGUAACAUUUGAUAAGAUGAGGGAUUAGUUGGUGGUGGCAUUACUAAGAACGCAGUUCUUGCCUGCAUCCUACUGACAAAAUUGUACAUGUUUCUGCUUGACUUGCCUAGGUUAAUGGAAGCAAACAGUCAGCUAACAGAAGAGAGUGCUAAGGUACUGCUGGAGCGAGGGGCUUCUGAGGUGGCAGGAGGUAAGAGACUGAGAUACAAAGAGAUGCCUGUUGUGUUUCACAGAACCUUCAAUUAGGGGAGCAGAGCUUGGUGGCAGAGCACAUGCGAGGUCUCAGGUUUAAUAGCUGGCAUCUUUGGUGCCAGGGGACUGUUGCAGUCUUGUGUGAGACACUAGAGACCUGCUGCCCAUUGCACUAGUGGCUAGCUGGCCCAGUGGUCUGACUCUGCCUGAAGAUCUAAAAUGAUCUAGCACAAUCAGCGGCGCAUUCUGUGACUAAAUAUUCAGAACUGAUCUUGUUUGUAUGAUAGUACUGUCAUGCUGCCUUCCAAGGCAAUUUAUGAAGGGAUUGUUGAAACCAUAAAAGCUAUACAAAUAAAGCAAACAAAUUAUAGAAUUUAAAAACAGCAGCAGUUUGAAAUUAAGAAGUUUACUAAGGUCUAAGUUAAACCCCUUUUCAGUCCAGAGGUGCUACUUGUGGGAGGGAGUUCUUAGGCGCUGAAAAGGUCAGUCAUGAGGGUUUGCCAGUCUGAUGGAUUUUGGCCACAAUCUCUGAGAGGGUCCUUGCGAGGCCAUUCUUAAGGCCCAUCUUCAAAUAACCUUGUCCAAACAGUUUAGGGCUUUACUUUUUACCACCAGCAAUUUGCACGGAGCCUGGAAACGAACAGGCAGCUGAAAUGGAAUAUGUGCUAUAUGCUCCGAGUGCCUGUUGUCUACAAACAUCCUAGUGCCGCAUUCUGUACCAGCUGAAGUUUCCAGACCAUGUUUAAAGGCAGCCCCAUACAGUCCAGUCUGGCUGUAACCAGGGCAUGUGCCACGGUCCACUUUCUGCAGAAACAACCUAAGCUGCUAAAAGGCACUCUUAGUCACCAACACCACCUGUGAGGCUUCCAUAGAUAGUAUCCAGGAGACAACCCCCUGCCCCCACCAAUAUAAACCUGGUCUUUUAGGAGUUGUGCAUCCUCUUACAGAACACUGUGCAGUCCUCUUUCCAGGUAUUUAAAUUUUAAUUGUGACAGCCAGUUAAACUUACCAUUUAUAGAAUAACUUCCUUCCCCCCCCCCCCAGCUGUGUUAAGAGAAAGAAGCCAGGGGAAAGUUUGGAGAAAAACAAGUUGUACAAAAUGUGAGAUGUGAUUCUUCUCUUUCUCUAGGUUUGGUUUAUAACAGAGAUUUAAGGGUCCUUGUGGUAAGUUCUGAUCUAGUUUUGUUGAAUGUUUUCCCCUGUAUUUUUCAUCCACCCAAAGGGUGUUGGAGGUACACAAAUUAGUCCUUGCUCAAAGCCCUGCUUAUGCAUGGGCUAGCUUUGUUAAUGUUGGUCCUCUAACCCUAGUUUCCUCAUUUGUCACAAAAGUUGCAGUGAGAGCCUUUGUUGGCUAGAUUGCAGAACACUGGAAUAUUUAAUUUCCACCUAUUUCUGGCUAACUCCAUAUGGCUUUUCUGAUGGAAAGCAUUUUUGUAGACAACUGGUAUUUCAGUUUCAAUGGGUCUCCUGUGAAUCGCCUUAGGACCAAAAGACUGUUGACCUGUGGCCAGGUAUUGGCAUGAACAAUGCCAUUUGUGGAGCACCUCCUAUUGCCCCCCUGCCCAUUGAUUGGCAACAGAGGGUAAAGUGGGGUGACCUGCUCCACUUUCUCUCCCCCAGCACAGAAUAAAGGGGCAGCAUAGAAGAAACCCCUUGUGUGCUAAGCCAGUCAAAUGGACUAGAUGAGUUAUGUUCCUUAUUUGUCAUUUUAUAUCAUAUGUAGCAGAACCACAGUUUUGUGUCUCUGGAUCAAUGUUGCCACAUCCUGAAGAAAAUCGAGGCUGAUAUACUGAUGAUCAGGUAAGUGACAUCCAGAUGUAACCAGUACCUAGUAGAUCUGCCUGAGAGAAAAAGAGAGGCAGGGGCAGAGAAUGAAGAAAAAUGGAUUGCUUCACUGAUCAGCCCCAAGCAUAAGACUGAAUCAGUCCUCCUUAGAGCACUCCUGUAGUGCCUAAACUACAAGUAGUUGCAGAGUAGUAUUCCAAGUGCAGUGCAGUCUUACGCAUGUUUACUUCCAAUGGAGUCCUACUAUUUUCAGUAGGCCUACUUCCAUCUGGGUCCGCGGAGCAUCGCUGCUUUAAAAAUCAUGAAAAUAUAUUGAGGUUGUGCUAAAUACCAGCUUAGCCAAUCUAGUUUGUUGUUGGCAUCCGUCUGUCUUGAGGGACAAUGCAGUGCACCUCCGGGGUGAAGUCAAACGGCUGCGUUAGCAACACUUAAGUGACCUUCCUGUGGCACAACCCUGGGCAGUGUAAGGAGGUUCUGGGCUGCCCAGAUGAUGUCCCCCUUCUCGGCCUCUCUGAUGUGGUCCACCAGCUUGGCUGCAGUAGUCGCCAGAAGGAGGUGUACAGGGCGCCAUCCAGCUGUCUUAAGGACUCCAUUCUGGAUUUGUGCAGGGUUUACUCCUUAGCCUGUUCUUCUCCAGAAGAUAUUCUGCAAGGCAACGGAGGUUUAAGAUCAGUUUUCCCCCUCUCCCAGAUGGCUCCCUUUCCAGGCUGACAAGCCCUACCUGCCUCUCACUUCUCGCUGGUGGACCCACUAUUGGUCUCAUCCGCUCAAUCUGCCAGAGCCUGUCCACAUGCAGGCGAAGUCCCUGACUCGCUGAGGAUUUGAGACCCAGCAACUGAACUCACCUGAUUUAGCCAGCCUGUUUCUAGACUGUGGCCACUGUUGCAUGCUGAUAGCUUCUAGGUGGCCCAGAUGAGAGCUGAGUGCAGGGUGGGGGACCAAAGGUGAACAAACUACCCCAGAAGUGCUUUCCCUACCGUAACACCCUAUACACCCCAAAUCUAAUCUAUCCUUUUUUCAAUGGUACAAGUGAGAAGGAUCAGUUCAGGUUAUCCACAAAGCUAAUGCAAUAUCCAGCACCCUCUUCUAUUUCUUGGAAAAUUCUAUCAUGCAGAGGAUUUGAACUUUGUGUUCUUAUGUGCAACCAGAAGUAAGAGCUGAUUGUUUUAUUCUAGAGCAGAAAAUGGGAUUUUUACCAAUCCUCCUAAAGGUAGCGUCCCAUACUUUGUACAGCCACUUGAGGAAGCAUUCAGGACCAGCCUAAAAGAGGUGAGUGCAAGUCCUGAGGGGAACACAAACUUGCUCUGAGCCGUUUUGCAUUGGCUUUGCUGGGCAGUUGCUUUUCUCGCUUGGGGUUUCCAUGUAUUCAGUGGGGAGAGGGAGGUAGCAAAGGAGGCAGUAGGGGUACAGCUGGAUAGACCCCCCCCCAGUUAUGAGAUAGGCUUAAGGGGCUGUAGUAGGCCUGGGGAACCUCUGGCCUCUUCCUGCUGGCCAACCUUGAUGCCACAUGAUUGACAGGCAGGUUGCCCCACCCAACUGUCAAAAUCCCUUGUGUGGAGAUUGUAAAAAUGUCAGGAAAGGGGGAACGAAAGGCGCAUUGGCCAGCCAUCCCCAAACCUCAGCCCUCCAGAGGUUUUGGACUACAAUUCCCAUCAUCCCUGACCACUGGUCCUGUUAGCUAGGGAUCAUGGGAGUUGUAGGCUGCAGGUUGGGGGUGCCUGGCAUAGGCAAUGGAAGGGAUGUCUCCCGUGCUCUGCCGAUGCUCCCCAAAUGCACCAUUAUUUUUGUUUGCCUUGGCUGAUCAGGAUUUAGACUCCUGCUUGGAUAGGUGGACUAAAACGGAGGGGAAGGGGUCAGUGAAAGAGGAAAAAAACAGCGCAGCUUGAGCAGCAUUUCCAGUGUGCAGAGGGUCACUUUCCUACCUCUCUGCCUCUCCUCUGGAGUUGAAGCAGAAUUAUGCAAAAUGAGCUUGCACCCAAUGUACAGAAUGUGAGUUUGUCUUUAAGCCCACACUGAACACAGGUGUGGUUGUGUUCAAUAAAACUACUGAAUUGCUUUUGACCCUUUCGCUGCCAGUUGUAGAUGCUUCUGGAUGGGCUAAUCCAGCCUCCCUAUUAUAACUCUCUACUCCUAGCAUUUAAUGUUAAGUUUCAUUGUUCCAUAUGUCUGACUUUUCUUUCCCAUGGUCCAUCUCUCACUGUAUCUCCCUUAUUCUUAGCGUUACCAAUUUGUGGAAGUUGCUGGCAAUCAUUUUGUCCACCUGAAUGAGCCCCAAGUUGUGGCCGGGAUCAUCAACACCUUCUUAAAUAAGGACCAGAAACCCAGAGCCAGCCUAUAA